AUGAAGCAUAUGCUUAGGAUUAAUAGAUGUAUGUCUAAGGCUCAAAAAGCACAUGCUGAUGAUGCUGAAAAAUCAGGAAUACCUAUUAAAGCCACUAUGGAACUAAUGAGUAGAGAAGUUGGGGGACGAGAGAAUCUUGGGUUUUUGGAUAAAGAUUACCGAAAUUACAUACAUAAAAAGAGAAAGACAAAUAUGGAAAAGGGAGAUGCUGGUGCUAUAUUGCAAUAUUUUCAAAAAGUUCAGUUGGAUGAUUCAUCUUUUUUUUAUGCAAUGCAGCUUGAUGAGGAUGAUAUGAUCACAAAUAUAUUUUGGGCUGAUUCACGUUCUAUAAGUGACUAUCGCCUCUUUGGGGAUGUUGUUUGCUUUGAUACGACAUAUCGGACAAAUGAAUAUGGUCGACCAUUUGCACCAUUUGUUGGGGUUAACCAUCAUAAGCAAACAAUUAUUUUUGGUGCAGCUUUGUUGUACGAUGAAACUGCAAAAUCUUUUAAGUGGUUAUUUGAGACUUUCCUUUCAGCGAUGUCUGAAAAGCAACCAAAGACGAUUCUAACAGAUCAAUCUGCUGCAAUGGCUAGUGCAAUCUUAGAGGUAUUUCCUGAAACUUCUCACCGACUUUGUGUUUGGCAUAUUUAUCAGAAUGCUGCCAAAAAUUUAAGUCAUGUUUUUCAUGGAUCAAAAGAAUUUGCUCAUGAUUUUAGCACAUGUGUAUAUGAUCAUGAGGAUGUAAAUGAGUGGUUAUUAGCAUGGAAUCAUAUGCUUGACAAGUAUAGCCUCAAGGGGAACAAGUGGUUGAAAGAAAUAUUUGAAUUGCGGGAAAAAUGGGCCCUUGUGUAUGGCAGAAGUACUUUCACGGCUGAUAUGAAAAGCACACAGCGUAGUGAAUGUAUGAACAAUGUCUUAAAAAAAUAUUUGAAGCCAAAGCAUAAUCUUUUGCGAUUUUUUGAACAUUAUGAGAGGGUUUUGGUAGACCGUAGAUAUGAAGAACUAGUUGCUGAUUUUAAGAUGCUGCAAACAACACCUGUACUAUUACUAAGUGUAGAGAUGUUGCGGCACGGAGUUGAGGUUUAUACUCCGGAGGUAUUUAAACUCUUUCAAGAAGAGUAUAAGAGAAUUCUUGAUUAUAACAUAUAUAAAGUUGGUAAAUCUGAGAUGACAACCGAGUAUAAAGUGUCUUAUAUAGGUAAAUCUCAAGAGCACUUGGUUAAGUUUGAAGCUUCAACAGAAAAAGUCAAUUGUAGUUGCCUGAAGUUCACGUUUGUUGGGAUUUUAUGUGCUCAUGCAAUGAAAGUGCUUGAUAAGAAAAAUGUGAAAAGGAUUCCAUCCCAAUACAUAUUGAAUCGGUGGAGGAGAGAUGCAAAGGCUAAGAGUAUCACUAGUUAUAAUGGAUUUGGGAUUCAUGACAACCCCAAAGAGUCUAUGGGAAAGCGUUACAACCAUUUGUGUCGGAAUUUUCGUGAGAUUGCAUCCUUUGCAGCAGAGCAUGGGAAAUUAACAGAAUAUGUUGAUCAAUGCUCCAUUGAUAUGCUCAAAGGUUUAGAGGAAAUAAAGACAAAUCUAUUUUGUGGAAAUCAACAUGUUGACAGAGUUGUUGAGCAAACUAAUUCUGCUACACCACUUGUAACUGGAGUUAAAAGAAAGGCUACAGUUGGACGCCCACGCAAUCGAUUGAAGGACCCCCUUGAACGAAAAAGACAGAAAACAUCAACAAAAGCUUCUGCAAGACGACAAAUAACAAUGCAGGAAAUUGAUUUCGCAAGUGGAGGUUCACAAGUGCAACAGAUUGUUGGACAUGAGGAACAAGUACAUAUUGAUGCUUUUUCACAAGACCAAGAAUUGGGAAGUUGA